AGGAGGCACUGGGCCGCAACGCCAAGGCGAUCUGACAGGACCGCAGCGGCUCACCCCUCCCUUUCUCGGAACGUGGUUGGGCAUCUGCCGCUGGCACCCACCGCUAGAAGAGGGCUCGGGGCGGGAGAUGACUGCGGUGUGCUCGCUGCUUGGCCCUCUGAGAGCACCGGCUUCCUUCUCCUUGCUGCAGACAUAGGAGCUGCUAAUUUAAGUCCUGGCCGGCUUUUCUUUGUAGCUGGGUUUGAAUUCAUGGUCUUCCUGCCUCUGCUUCACCAGUGCUUGGAUUACAGGCUCCCUCAUACUCCACCAAAAGUUAUAUUCAGCUCGGAUAAGUGAUUACUAUGUACCGGCUGUGAUUAGAUUGUAAGGACUCUGCUUGAAGUAGAUACUGAUGCUGACACCUCACAAAUGAUAGAGUGAAGCACAGAAACUUAAGUUUUGGGUUCAGAGCUGAGACCAGUUUGGAAGUGGAAGGGAGAGAGAAAAUGGAUUCUUACUUCUCAGCAAAGAACUCAACUCUUGCUGUUGCUCUGAAUGAGACUUUGUCUGCCCCUCAUGGGUUUAACUCCACCAAUGACCCACCUUCAAUGUCAAUAACCAGGCUUUUCCCAGCCCUCCUCGAGUGCUUUGGCAUAGUCCUCUGUGGCUACAUAGCAGGAAGGGCCAACAUCAUAACAUCCACACAGGCCAAAGGCCUGGGGAAUUUUGUCUCCAGGUUUGCCCUUCCGGCUUUAUUGUUCAAAAACAUGGUUGUGCUCAACUUCUCCAAUGUGGACUGGGCUUUCCUAUACAGUAUCCUGAUCGGCAAAGCCUCGGUCUUUUUCACUGUGUGUGUAUUAACCUUAUUGGUCGCCAGUCCUGACAGUCGCUUUAGCAAAGCUGGCCUGUUCCCUAUUUUUGCUACACAAAGCAAUGACUUCGCUUUGGGAUACCCUAUAGUUGAAGCUCUGUACCAAACUACAUACCCAGAGUAUCUGCAGUACAUUUAUUUGGUGGCACCAAUAUCUCUUAUGAUGUUAAACCCCAUUGGGUUUAUCUUCUGUGAAAUCCAGAAGUCAAAAGACACUCAAAAUGCUUCUCAAAAUAAAGCAAAGAUUGUGGGACUUGGAUUUCUACGCGUGUUACAGAACCCAAUAGUAUUCAUGGUCUUUGUUGGCAUUGCCUUCAAUUUUAUUCUUGAUAAAAAGAUCCCUGUGUAUAUGGAAAACUUUCUGGAUGGGCUUGCAAAUUCCUUCUCUGGAUCAGCCCUGUUUUAUCUUGGUCUGACCAUGGUAGGAAAAAUCAAGCGACUGAAGAAGUCGGCGUUUGUGGUGCUUAUUCUUCUCAUCACAGCCAAACUCCUGGUGCUGCCCCUUCUAUGCAGAGAAAUGGUGGAGCUCCUUGACAAGGGGAACAGCCUAGUGAACCACACAAGUCUGUCAAACUAUGCGUUCCUGUAUGGUGUCUUCCCCGUGGCUCCAGGAGUGGCUAUCUUUGCAACACAAUUCAACAUGGAAGUGGAGAUUAUAACCUCAGGAAUGGUAAUAAGUACAUUUGUGUCUGCUCCGAUCAUGUAUGUUUCUGCCUGGUUAUUAACCUUUCCUACCAUGGAUGCUAAGCCAUUGGCAUAUGCCAUUCAGAAUGUUAGUUUUGAUAUAAGUAUUAUCAGCCUGGUCUCCUUGAUCUGGUCUCUGUCUAUUCUUCUCUUGAGUAAGAAAUAUAAACAGCUCCCUCAUAUGCUCACGGCUAAUUUACUCAUUGCCCAGACUAUUGUUUGUGCUGGAAUGAUGAUAUGGAAUUUUGUUAAAGAAAAAAAUUUUGUUGGACAAAUUUUGGUGUUUGUUCUAUUGUACAGCUCCCUGUACAGCACCUACCUGUGGACAGGCCUUCUAGCGGUUUCUUUGUUUCUUUUAAAGAAGCGUGAGAGCGUUCAGAUCCCCGUGGGAAUCAUCAUCAUAUCUGGCUGGGGAAUCCCUGCUCUCCUCGUGGGCGUGCUUCUGAUAACUGGAAAACACAGUGGAGACAGCAUUGACUCAGCAUUCUUUUACGGAAAAGAGCAGAUGAUCACCACGGCAGUCACCCUGUUCUGCAGCAUUCUCAUAGCUGGGGUGUCUCUCAUGUGCAUGAACCGUACGACCCAAGCUGGUCACUACGAAGGUUUCGGCCAGUCUCAGAACCACAAGCCCGUGGAGCCUGGAAGCACUGCGUUUGAGGAGAACCCAGCACCAACAAAUGAGCCGGAACUCUUCCCAAGUUCUAUCCCAGAAACAAGUUGCUGUUCCUGCUCCUUGGGAAAUGGUGAAUUACGCUGUCCAUCAAUAGAGCCGGCAACGAAUUCAAGCUCUAGUGGGCCUGUGCCUUCUUCCUUUGAGAAAACCGACCACUGUGUGAGCCGCUGUGCCUCCCAGAGCUGCAUCCUCGCCCAGGAAGAAGAGCAGUACCUGCAGAGUGGAGACCCCCAGCUGACCCGGCACGUCCUGCUGUGCCUGCUGCUUAUCAUUGGCCUGUUUGCUAAUCUCUCGAGCUGUCUGUGGUGGCUGUUCAACCACGAGACGGGACGACUCUAUGUUGAAUUACAGUUUUUCUGUGCUGUGUUUAACUUUGGCCAGGGAUUUAUUUCCUUUGGAAUCUUCGGGUUGGACAAACAUUUAAUCAUCCUGCCUUUCAAAAGAAGGCUUGAAUUCCUGUGGAACAACAAAGAAGCUGCAGAGGACAGAGAAUCCCCGGUUUCUGAGGAAAUAAAAAUGACCUGUCAACAAUUUGUACAUUAUCACCGUGACCUGUGCAUCCGAAACAUCGUCAGAGAAAGAAGGUGUGGUGCAAAGACGUCUGCGGGGACCUUCUGUGGCUGUGACUUGGUGAACUGGCUAAUUGAAGUCGGCCUUGCUUCUGACCGUGGUGAAGCUGUGAUCUAUGGAGACAGACUGGUGCAAGGCGGAGUCAUCCAGCACAUCACCAAUGAGUAUGAGUUUCGGGACGAGUAUUUGUUUUACCGAUUUCUUCAGAAGAGUCCUGAGCAGAGUCCUCCUGCCGGCACUGUAAGCGACCACCAACAGGAAAGCUAUAAAGAAAUCAGUCACUCAUCUCCACCCUCAGUCUCCCCUAAGACUUAAGUUAGAGAGAGAACCCCACAGGAAUCAUAUCCUCUAGCCCCGUAUCUGAUCCUUUUAGUUGUGGAACCCUGGGCAGGUCUUCUCUUCUGUAAAAUGACAAAGGCAUUCCUACCCUGUAUGGACAUGCUAUAACUUUAUGUGCAUAUAAAACACAUAGGAAACUGACAAGAGAAACCAUGAAGUUAAAAGUUAUGAUAAUGAAUACAAUAGUUACUAUAUAUACCACUAUUGUCACAAUAUUUUAAAAUAAUUUCUUUCUGAAACUGUUUGUUAUAAUUACAAAGCCAGUAAACAACUGGCUGUAACUUUAAAUUGCCAAAUUUGGCAGGUUCGCUGCUUUCAAAAUGAACCUUAAGACAACUUUACAUUUAUCAAUAACACUUCCUACGGCAGAUUUUUAUUCAUUCUCGUAAAAGGUUUUAUUUUCCUUCCCACUUCUUUGACAAAUACUGCCCAUUCAAAAAUUAUAACUACUGGUUUUUUGGUUGUUGUUGUUUUUUUGUUUUUUUUGUUUUUGUUUGUUUGUUUGUUUGUUUGUUUUUGAGACAAGGUCUCAUGUAACCCAGGCUGGCCUCAAAUACCCUAUGUAGUCAAGGAUGGCUUUUAACUCCUGAUCUUCUUGCCUUUGCCUCCUGAGUUCAGGGCUUAUUGGUAAGUGCCAACAUGCCUGGCCAAUCCCAGUAUUUUUUCAAAGUAAUUUUUAAAUUUAUUUUUUAUAAAACACCAAUUUUAAAGGUUUGUCUUUUCUUGUCUUCUAUCUAAACUACUAAUGUGUACCAAUAAGAAGAGAAUAGAACAUGAUUAUUAUCUCUGUAAUCGUUCAAGGUAAAAAUUUUAAGUAAUCUGAACAUAGUCAUUUAAAUGUUAUAUAAGAAAUAAGGCCAUGAAAUGUACUGUUUCUGGUAGUUUCAAAGUAUACUGUCAAAGAAAAAACCUACUUUGAGAAAGUAUAUAGUCAGGAGCUUAAAAUUCUAAACCUAGCAUCUUACCUUUAGAAUUUAGCCUUUUUUGUGUCCAUGUCUAAAAAUAUUAUAAGUUAAAAAUUAGUUAAGUGUUGCUUAGUCCAUUAAGAUUUUAAAACAAAAUGACAGGAACGCAGAGAGUGCCUAGGCAACAGAAAGGCUUUCUUACAGGUCUGGAGGCUGGCAGUGUAAGAGUGAGCAGCCCAGCGCGCAGCCUCUGGUGAGGCGCCAUUUCAGGUCCACUGAUGCCGGAGCCGGAGCCCCGGAGCCGGAGCCCCGGAGCCGGAGCCCCGGAGCCGGAGCCGGAGCCGUGGCCACUGUGGUGGAAGGGAAGGGCUCUUGAAGAGCAAACCACAUGCUGACACCUCUUCUCUCAUGAGCCACACUUCUCCAGGUUACCUCACUGGGGUUGGGUUUUGAAGAGACACAUCCAGACCCUAACAGCCUCAGAUAAAGCUUCACUCUCAGAUAAUUUGCACAUUCUUUGAAUUACUUAAUUAGCUACUUAAUUAUUAGAUAUCAGUGAUGGUUUAACUUAUUUUAAAUGUUAUUUAUCUUAUUUUAGUGCUUCGUAUAUACAGGCCAUCUAGGAAACUAUUUAUGGGGUUAGUGCCCUGGCCUUUUUAAUGUAGCAAAUACAUAUUAAAAGGAAACCUCGCAUGAAGCCUAGUGUAUAUAAAGGAAAUGAUGUUUAUCUUAUGUUGUGAUCAUAGCAUUGGGAUGUUUCAGGCAGAACUAUAUCGCCAUAAAACUUAGGAGGGAAAGAGACAUGCCUGCACUGUGCUCCUAAUGGCCAGAGGUACGCAGAAGCACCCGCCUCAGUAGCCUUGAGUGACAAGACAGAAUUCACACGUAUUCAGACAACGCAGAUUCAAUGAGGGAUUUGUUUUGUUUAUGAAUAACCAUAUUAACUAUGCUCUUUCAUUUGCACAAAAGGAAUCUGAAACAUUAUUGUCCAUGGGAGAUUCUAAAAGAAAACCAUAGAUCAGAGUGACUUAAAGUUUCAGAUGUUAAAGGCUUUUAAGCCAUGUUUUUAGGAUUAAGGAUAAGCUAAUUUUAUUAAAUGAAAAUAUUUGUAUGUUACUUUCUCACUGACAGCACGUUUCUCAAUAAAAUACCUAUUUUAACUUGUA